AUGUCUGAGACGUCGACACUUGUGGAUUGGAGUCCAACAGACACUCAAGAUGAGCAACUGAAGGAGACCAUCAACCAGCUUUGGGUAGUCCCAACAGAGAAGGUCAUUAAAGAAGUCCCCGUGGUAAAUGAGCAGCACGAGGUUGUAGCACAGAAGCCGCAGUUUAUUCUAAAAACGCGGGGUUACUAUGGUGAGAACGAGCCACUGCCAACCACAUUCGAAGUUGGAAUGCUCUUCCCCAAGACGAACGACGAAUUUUCAGAGCUGUACCCGGCCGAUAAGAUGAAGAAACUCACUGACCUUGAUGAUGAUAUAUACACUGAAACGAGAAAUACCAUGGUAGCCAUCCAGAACUCAUGCCAGAAUUUCAACGACAACGCCAUGUCCAAAUGGCUAUUGGUCACCAACCAGACGAUCGAAUACUCCCAGUAUGCGAUUGAGUUGUUGACUGGAUUUGGCGAGUCGAGCUUCAAGGCGCAGUUGGAGGUCCUGCUCGAUGACAAGUACUCGACGCCCGAGAGCCAGAACGAUGCGACGUUUCAAAAUACUGCACAGAUGGCCAAUGAGCUGCUAAAGGAGCUGAGCAAAAACGCUCAGGAGAAAGCCACUGAGGUCGGAAAGCUGAUCGGACAGCUUCAGGCGUUCCUCGGUGAGACGACCGCCAACAAGGCCAGGAUCGAUUUCCUGCGCAAACAGUACUAUAAUGGCCCCGUGACGGUGGGACGGACCAAUAUGCCAAAGAUGGGCAAAGAUGGCAAGCCUCAAGAGCCCUACGCCAAGUGGCUCCAGUCCGAGCUCGAGGCUCUCCGAGAGGAGAUCCGCAAGGCAUUCAAUGACUACAACAAGACCUUUGAGGACUGGAAACACUACACCACCGUCGCUGUGACAGCCGUGACUUACAUCUGGAUUCCGGUCGCGGGCUUCAUCGCGGGCAGUGUCGUCAUGGGUGUCUACGCCGACCGAGCACGCAAGGCGCACAACCUGUACGAGGAGCAGAAGAAGUACGCAUUCGACAAGGCGGGCGAGGAGGCGCCGCUGGUCAAGCUGCUGGAGGACAUCUCGAUGCUGACGUCGCAGCACGAGGACAUGGCGACCAAGAUGCAGUCGGCCAUCGACGCGCUGGGCGAGAUCAAGCUGCUGUUCCUGGACCAGUCGCGCAACUUUGGGCUGGCGGCCUCGAUGAUGGGGCUCGCCGAGGGCAAGCUGCGGUCGUCGCUGUUCCUGCGCAAGAAGUUCCUGCAGACGGCCGUGGACAAGGCCGUGGUCAACUGGCAGCAGGUCGCGGACCUGGCUAAGGAGUUCCUGGCGACGGCUGAUGUCAACACCGUGGGCAUUACCAAGGACGUAACGCCCCCGAAGGCCGAGUAG